AUGCAAAUUGUUUCAUGGAUCCUUCGUUUCAUUUCCAACUCGAAAUUGAAAUUGCUGGAUCGUGACAAAUCACGCAUUGGUGUCAAAUGCAUUCAGCACGCUGCUAAUCAUUGCAUCAAAUCUGCGCAAUUGGAGAUAUAUUCCGAAGAAAUAGAGGCUUUAAAGGAUAAAAAAUCUUUAAAAUUGAGUUCGACGCUGAUUACUUUAUCACCAUUUCUGGAUGAAGAAGGAAUACUGCGAGUAGGAGGUCGCUUGAAUUACGCCCCCCUUUCGUUCGACAUCAAGCAUCCCAAAAUCCUGCCUCACGAUCAUCCCCUCACGCGUUUAAUCGUCAUGAGAGAGCAUGAUCUCCUGUUUCACCCAUCUCCAGAAAGACUGCUCAGCUCAAUAAGGUCUCAAUAUUGGAUCAUUAAAGGACGAGUGGCUAUCAAAAGGUAUCUGCACAAGUGCUUUACUUGCAAACGCCAUAGAGCUACUCCCUGCAUUCCUUUAAUGGCCCCGCUUCCGCGUCAUCGUCUUAUUUCGUUCCAACGUCCAUUCACUCAUGUGAGUUUGGACUAUUUCGGCCCGUGCAACAUCACCAUUUAUCGUCGCAAAGUAAAACGAUAUGUUUUUCUGAUAACCUGUCUCAACACUAGAGCGGUACACUUGGAAGUUGCAGCCUCACUCGACUUGUCGUCUUUUUUUAUCGCCUUUGCUUCGUUCACCGCCCGAAGAGGUCGCCCGUCAGUCGUGUUUAGCGAUAAUGGAACUCAAAUUGUUGCUGGAGACAAGGCAAUCCAACAAGGCAUCGAGCGUCUCAAGAAGCAAAACAUCGUUGGUCAAAUGGUGAAACAAGAAAUCGAAUGGCAUAUUUCACCACCAUUAGCGCCACAUUUCGGAGGCGUUUGGGAAAGUCUCGUAAAAUCAGCAAAGGUGGCUCUGGAGGCCAUUGUGGAAUCACGUCCGCUUACCGAAGAGCUUUUACGUGGUUUCGUGAUUCAGGCCGAAUCGUUGUUGAAUGGACGUCCACUGACCUAUGUCAGUGUGGACCCUCGAGAUCCCGAACCACUUACCCCUAAUCAUUUUUUGUUAGUCCAGAGCUCGCCUAACACCGAAGACGACGUUAUAAAUACGACGAUGCUUAAGACAGUAUGGAACGAAAAAAUUACACGUCAAUUGAAGAAAUUUGGAAAAAUUUUGAGAGACAUUUCUACAAGUAAGUUUGAAACUCAAGUUCCUACACAAGAACCUGCUAUAAUCAUCAGUGCCAAACAAACGUCAGAUAACACAAGCAUAGGCACCAGCGAAGCUUUUUCCAUCACCAUUGAACUUCCAACAAUGAUAGGAGAUCAAUCCUCAAAUGAAGCCUCGACAAAAUUGGAGGAAAACGAAUCUUUAACAAAAUGCACUCCCUUAACGAUUGUUCAAGAAGAUUUAACAGCCAUCUCUUACUACCAAAACGAGGACCAAGUCUUCCCGAAGAAUAUCAAGAUAAAUAGCCUUUUUUCGUCAACUGAAGAAAUUCAAACACAUUGCCAUCGAGAACCGAGCAAUAUCAAAGAUACUACCUAUUCACCAAUAAAUACUACCUUAAAGUGUUCGGCUCUUUGUUUUACUAGAACAACCGCUUCAUCUGCUGUUAACUUCAGACCAUCAUGCAUCAAAAAGCAGUUCAACAACCUCCUUUUCAAAACCCUGAUUAAGUCCAUUCUACCAAAAUAUUGGGAGCAGUUCAAGAAAUUUGAAAAGUACCUUACAGCUUUAAAAGGCCCCUACAACAGUAUUCAGCGACUCAGCGAUCAAUUAUACACCCCAAGGCCCUAUACGACGUCACCAACCAUCUCCAACAGCCGAUUCUUGACCAAGUUUUUCGCCAUUCUCAUCGUACUUCCAAACACAAUUUACUAUCACCAACAUGUUCAUUAG